AUGGCUUCGGGCUCGCCCUUACCCCUGCAGGCCGAGCCCCCCGCGCCGCCUGGGCCUGCUGCCAGGCGGCCCCUCACCAUCGACGACUUCGACAUCGGGCGUCCGCUGGGCAAGGGGAGGUUCGGGAGCGUGUACCUGGCGCGGCUCAAGGACAGCCAUUUCAUCGUGGCCCUGAAGGUCAUCUUCAAGUCCCAGGUGGAGAAGGAAGGCAUGGAGCACCAGCUGCGCAGGGAGGUGGAGAUCCAGGCGCACCUGCAGCACCCCAAUAUCUUGCGCCUCUACAACUACUUCCACGACGCGCGCCGCGUUUACCUGAUCCUGGAAUACGCCCCGCGGGGUGAGCUGUACAAGGAACUGCUCAGAAGCCACACCUUGGACGAGCAGCGCACGGCCACGAUAAUGGAGGAGCUGGCAGACGCCCUGGCCUACUGCCACGCCCAGAAGGUGAUUCACAGGGACAUCAAGCCCGAGAACCUGCUGCUCGGGUUCAGGGGUGAGGUGAAGAUCGGAGACUUCGGCUGGUCUGUGCACACCCAGUCGCUCAGGAGGAAGACCAUGUGCGGCACUGUGGACUACGUGCCGCCUGAGAUGAUCCACAGGAACACCUACGACGAGAAGGUGGACCUGUGGUGCCUGGGCGUGCUGUGCUAUGAGCUGCUGGUGGGCAGCCCGCCCUUCGAGAGCACCUCACACAACGAGACCUACAGGCGCAUCCUCCAGGUGGACGUGCAGUUUCCCCGCUCCAUGCCCGAGGGUGCCCGGGACCUGAUCGCCAGGCUUCUGCGGUUCCAGCCUGAGGAGCGGCUGCCCCUGAGCCAGAUCCUAGCACACCCCUGGGUCAAGGCCCGCUCCCGAAGGUUGCUGCCGCCCUGUGCUCAGUGGGAGAUGUUAAUAAAAAUGGACGCACUUAGUGCCCGUGUGUUCGGGAGCGUGCUGACUGUGCAUCGGGCCGGUGCCAUGAGGGAGAUAGUGCUAGCACCAACACUGCGGUCCCACUUCCAGCUGUCCCUGGGGUUCCGUGUGGCACCGCCCCCCGGGGCCCCGCUCUGCUCCCUGCACCUGGACAGCCAGGUGCAUGACCAGACACUGGCACACGCUUCUGCUCAGUGA